AAAUGAGCACGAUGAUGAUUAGAACUAGAAUCUCAGUUAGACCACAAGUAUUUGGCCUUAGAUGGCUCAGUAACCAGAGCAAAGUCAACUUCCAGACCCAGAGUAUUCUCCAGCAGUUUAAAGACAAAGAACCCGAAAUGGACGCCCCUAGUAAAAUGGCGUCUGAGUCCACCUUACCUCACAUCCAGCAAGAUCUCAAUAUCAAACCCAAACAAGCAAAGAAGAAACUGGCUUUCUUGUCCGACAGCAAAGAAGAAGCAGAAGGAUUUGAAAUGUCCAGCAUUAAACAAAGCUUGGGUCAGAUGGUUAUCAAGUUAUUCAAAAUUGAUAUGGAUAGUGCAAGAGCCGGUUCUGUUGCUGGUUCCAAAUAUUUUGGAGACUGUAAAAAACAGGGAAUGUACUACCCCAACGAACCACUCAGCGACACUGCUAAGUUCUACUACGAAACAUUACAACUUCCACAGUCAUUUUCUCAGUGGUUUCAGAUAACCACCUUACAUUAUUGGAUGCUCGCUGUGCGGAUGAGAGCGAUGCCCUUUAAGUACGGUAAGAACUAUCAACAGAAAUUAGUGGACAGAAUUUUCAGAGACAUGGAAUUGCGGUUGGCCGAAGAGUUGGGAAUCACUUCCAACCGUCUUAUUGAAAACUACUUGAAAGAAUACCACACCCAGAUGUUGGGAUGCGUAUUAUCAUUUGACGAAGGAUUAAUGACUGAUGACACUACUUUGGGAGCAGCUAUAUGGAGAAAUGUCUUGAAUGGGAACCCCAACGUGGACAUGAGACAUGUUGAGGCGUUGGUAAGUUAUGUGAGAGGAAACUUGUAUGUGUUGAACCAAAUCACCGAUAGAGAGUUUGGGUUUGGAAAAUUCGAGUUUGUACCACCCCAUCAGGUAGUGAAACCUUUGACGGCCGCGCAGAAAGAAGCAUUAAAGGAGAUGGCUAAGAAGGAGUUUGCUAACAAGAACUUGCCAUCGCAAAAGACUGUUCUCUCGUUGGACGAGUAGUUGCAUAAUGUUCAUAUUCCCUUGUAUAUAUUUAACAUAUCAAAUACUCAUUGAUGUGCAUAUUGAAUAAAUAAAGCUACAUCUACAAUUUAGGGCUGGAUACAGGUGCAUCUUUAGUCCAAUCAUGGCCAUUUGUACCUCUGAUCAUGACGUUCAUUACCGCAUAAUCGUUACCUGGCUCAGAUCCAGCCUUCUUCUCUCCCAACAUAAUAUCUUCAUAGAAAUGGAAUCCGAACCGCUCAUAAAUGGGGAUAUUACUCAAGGCACUGCUUUCCAAGUAUGAAAGAUUGUCAGGACAGACAUCGAUAUAGUUUUGGAACAUAAAAUCAAACAUCUUUCUCACGUUUCCUUUUCCUCUUGCAGCUUCAGUAGACCCCAAAUACACCAAGGUGAACAACUUCUUCUUAUGGAAUCUCGAGUCGGUGGUGAGAAUCCGUUCACAAGUAUCAUGCAAUAAAGGUAACAUUCCAUCAAACACUUUGAAUCUGCCUUCUUCUCCAUAUAUUUCCCAUACUUUCCCAUAACCUGACUUCAUCAAGGUGGAGAAGCUCUCUAAUCCUUUCUCGAUGGAAUCAGGUAGGGACCAUACACCGACGGUUUCGAAUUCCUCUUCGGUUUCAUUAAUUCCAAGAACUAAACCCGCCAUGAUGUGUUGUCUGACGUAGGCUUCAUAAAGAGACAAUUCACAGAGGACUUUGUGCUUGGGAUCAUCGAUAUGAUUUACCAACAAUGUGGCCAAAUCAUCAGUGCCAAAGGCAGCCAACAAGCAUUUGGCGGCUUUGGUGGUAUCGUUGAUGUUCAAUAUUCUGAUAUUCUUGAAUUGAUCUGGAGUAGACAUUGCGGACUUAUCUUGAAUGAGAUUAGCUUGGGCCAUUAAUCGAAUGCGUGAAAAUAAAAUUGGUUUGGAAUGGAGUUUAACAGGAUAUUGUAUUCAUAACUUGGAAGCUAGUUAUGAAGAUGAAACGGUUGGGCUUUGCUG